AUGUCGACGUCUGAACAUGUACUAUCCAUUCCUGAUCUAAUCGCCAAGAAACGCGAUGGACUCGAGUUAAGUCCCAAUGAAAUACAACAAUUCAUCACCGGUUUGUCCAAUGGUGAUGUUCAAGAUUGUCAUGUCGGUGCAAUGCUUAUGGCAAUCUACAUCCAAGGUAUGACGGAAAGAGAAAUUUGUUCGAUGACCAUGUCCAUGCGUGACAGUGGUGAACGUUUAAGUUGGCCCAACUAUCGCGGUAUAGUUGUUGAUAAACAUUCAACAGGUGGUAUUGGUGAUAAAAUAAGUAUUCCAUUAGCACCAGCAUUAGCUGCCUGUCAAAUGAAAGUUCCGAUGAUGUCUGGACGAGGUUUAGGUAUCACCGGGGGUACAUUGGACAAACUUGAAUCUAUACCGGGUUAUCAAACACAACUAACCGAUGAGCAAAUUGUUCAAUUAAUAACCAAUGUUGGCUGCGGAAUCUUUUCUCAAUCAGUUAAACUUAAUCCUGCUGAUCGAUAUUUAUAUUCUAUACGAGAUGUGACAGCGACUGUGCCAAGCAAUGCAUUGAUUGUUUCGUCGAUUCUCUCAAAAAAGGCUAUUGAAGAUCUUGAUGGACUUGUUUUGGAUAUAAAAUAUGGUUCGUCCGCAUUUAUGAAGACACCUGAGAAUGCCGAAGUGUUAGCUGAUUGGCUGUUCAAAGUAUCGGAAUUACUCGGAAUGAAAACAUGUUGUUAUAUAACUGAGAUGAACAAUCCGAUUGGAUAUUGUAUAGGGAAUGCAUUGGAAAUUCAAGAAUCACUCGAUCUUAUGAAAUAUAAACAAGGUCAUUCAGCUGAUCUUGAAGACUUAAUCUGUGAACAAGGUGGUCGACUUCUUUUACUUACAAAGAAAGCCCAAACAAUUGAAGAAGGUCGCGAAAUGAUCCGUGAUACAUUCAAAAAUGGCUCGGCUUUGCAAAAAUUUCAUGAUAUGAUCAUUGGUCAAGGUGUGUCGCCAAGCAUUGCCGCACAAUUGGUCAGCAACGACGAGAACGCUGUUCAAUCAAUUCUAAAACUUAGUGAUGUCACUCAUCAAGCAAUUUCCACGCAAAAGGGAUAUGUUCAAUCAAUCGCUUCAUUUAAUCUUGGUACUAUUGUUCAACGAUUAGGUGGUGGUCGUUUGAAAUCAACUGAUAAACUAGAUUUUUCUGUGGGUAUUCGCUUGUUGAAACAUGUUGGUGAUUCUGUCCAGGAAAAUGAACCAUGGGCUAUUCUGUAUGCACCACACGAUGCAUCGAAACGUUAUCCAUCAUUUUUAGAUGACCUCAACUCGUCAUUGGUGGUGAGUUUAACGCCUGUACAACCAUUACAACGUAUUUAUAAAAUAUUAGCAUGA